AUGAUGAACAUUAAGAAAAGAAAAGCAAAAUGUUGCAAAAAUACAACAAAAAUUUAAUAAUUGAACCAAGAAUUUGAAAGAAUUUUGAGAAACAAAAACAGUUCCUCACAAAAAUUAGUAUAAGAUUUACAAAAAUAAAUGUUAAGAGGUGGCGGAUGUGGAUGUUCGAUAGAAUAAGCUUCUUAAACUUCUAAUUUGCCAAGUUAUAUUCCAGCGGAUUUUUCUUCAAAUAUUUAAAAAUAUUCAAAUAUAAUUUCAGAGAAAGCAUUUCUAAUAUUUGAUAAAAUGAAAAAAAAUGAUGUUUUAAUAGCAUUUUUAUGGUUUUAAGAUAAUGCUAUUAAUAUUUAGUCCUUGUGUUUAAAUGAUUAAAUGACCUUAAAACAUUAUCCUUUAAUUGAAAGUACUUUAGAAAACUUAAUGAAAUGUCUUGAUAUUUAUUUAAAAAGUUCAGGAUAUUUAUUUUAUUAUUUACUUUAAAUUUGUAAUUGUUUAAUAAGAGUUAUUUUUUCAUAUCAAUUGAAAAAUGAAGAUAGAUUUAUGAAAGAGAGCUUAAAAUAAAUUUUUUUAGAAUAAAUAGAUAAUAUUGAAAUUUUGAUGAAAAUAGAAUCUACCAAUAUUUGGAUCACUGGUGUUGAAUUCGAACUUUAAUUGAUAAAAACAUGGCUCUCUCAUUGUCGUACUAAUUGUUAGAAAACUAAAGAAUUAGGAUUAGCUGUAUUAAGUGGAAUAGUAUCUUCAAUUGCAUAACUUAAACCUAGUGAUGAAUUAAUACAAUCUUUAUAUGAAAGUGCUAAAUUUAUAUUGAUGAAUUUUUUUGAAUGCUAAAUAAAGAAUCCAAUAUAAAAAUAUGAAAUAUAUUACUUUUUUGAAAGCCUGAAAUGGUCUAUUUUAAAUUAGUUGUUGAAAGGCUGUUCUGUAUAAAAAUAGAUUAAAUAAAUUGAAGAAGGUUAUAAAAAAUAUAUAGAACCAUCAAAAGAUUGGAUGAUACAUUUUUGUUGGAUAAAUGUUAUAUCUGACUUAAUUUCAUAUAGACCUAUAAUAGACAAGAGAAAUCUUCCAAAUAUAAUUAAAUCUACCUAACCAGCUUAUGAACUUUUUAAAUAGCUAUUAAAUUGUUAAUAUAUAGUUUCUAUUCCUUAUGAUAAAAAUUAUGCAAGAGUUUAAAUUUUUAAUGUAAAAAAAUCCAACUAUUAAAUAUUUAAGGAAAUAAAAUUAUUUUAAGAGUAUCUCGUAUCUGAAGAAGUUCAUGAACUCAACUUUUGGCAUUAAUAUAUUAAUUUUGAAAUUAAUAAUAAAUAAAAUUCUAAUUUAAGCAAAUAUGAUUUAAAUUUAUAGUUACUGAGAAGUUAAACAAACUGUGAUGAAAUUUUUUAGUUAAUUACACUUUUAGAAAAUUUAAGAGAUAAGAUUUUAAAAUUAAUUGACGAAGUAACUUCAAAAAAAUUAUUAUUUAAUAAUAAAAAUGUAUAAUAAAUAAAACUUAAUAUCUAAAAAUAAGAUCUAAAAUCUGAAUUGAAAUAAUUAAAAUAAAACACUUUAUAAUUCAUAUAUAUUUGUAAUGAAAUUGAUUUCAAAUUAAAUUAAGAAAAAGUAAAAAUAAGCAUAAUUAUGGAAACUUUAAAAUUAAAUGAAGAAGCUUGUUAAUUAAAAUCAGAAAAAUACUUAUUUAUUGAUUCCUUUGAUAAAAUUUAAUAAUCUUUUAAAUAAUUGAAACUAAAUUAAGUAUUUGAUGUUUGGUUUCCCUUAUUUAAAUUUAUACAUAUAAAUUAUGAUGUUUUAAAACCAAAGGAUUAAAAGGAAUUAGAUGAAGGAAAUACUUAUAAUUAAGUAUUAUUUAACUCUACUGUUACUCAAGUUAUUGAUCAAGUAAAUAUGUUAAUUAACUUAAUAAAAGAAUUCUAAUAAAACUUUACAUCAAUAUUAUGCCCGAAAAAAUUUGAAUUGGUAAUUGAAGAAACAUUAGAAUUAAAAAUACUGUAAGAAAAAUUAAAAGAAAUUUAUUCAUUAUCUUUUUUCAAAUCAAUGAUAGUUUAAUCAAAAUAAUUUAUUUAAAAGAAUUUCUCAGUUGAAAAAUGGGAAUUAUAGUCAGCAAAUUACCAAUAGUACUUAAUUGAGUCUAGGAGUCUUAUUGUUAUUAUUUUUGCAAUUUAGAGACUUUUAUAAAUUAAUAGUAUUAAAUUAAAAAUAGUUUAAGAAAAAUUAACUCAAUAGUUGAGUUAAACAUAAGAAAAUAAUUUGAACAGUUUAAGCAAGGGAAAUUUUAAAGAUUAAAUUCUUAAAAUAAAAAAAAGCCAAAAAGCAAAAUUAGAAUUAAUUUAAAGUAAAUAAAAUUCUACAGAGUUGAGUUAAGGUGAAACUUAAGAAUAUGCUGAUUUUAUUUAAUCAAUACUUUAAGACAUUGCAAGGGUUUCUAAUGCCGAUUUUGAUUAAGAUUUUAAAAAUAGUUUUAUAACUAUUUUUAAAGAAGUAAUUAAUAAAUUAUAGAAAAUUUUAUUUAUACCUAACAAUAAAGCUUAAAUUAUAAAAGAAAUCUUAGAAAUUUAUGAAAAAAAAUUUGAAAGUUUUACUAAUGAAGAUCCAGAUUUAAUUAGAAAGAAUUCUUAGCUUGUAAUAAAGGAUGAGAAACAAUAAAAUAGUAAGCCUAAUAAAAAAGAAAAUAAUUCUUAUUAAGUACCUGAAUUAAUUAAAUCUCUAAGCAAUAUAUUGUAAAUGAUAAAAAAAAUAAAAUUCGUACUAAAAACUAAUUUAAAUAUUCUUUUAAUGAUGCAAAAUGAUCAAAAUAAAGAAUAAAACUCAAACUCAAAUAUUUAAGACAUUGUAAAUAUAGAAUCAAUUCUAAAAAACCUUUAAGAGUAAAUUUAAAAAAACAUUUAACAAUUAGAAAAUAUCAGUGAGAAUAUAGUUAAUAAAGAAGAAGAAAAUACGCUAAAUUAAUGUUAAUAAUGCGAUUUAUAUUAAUCUUAUUUAACUUUGUUUGAUUCAAAUAUAAAUCAAUCAGAUAUGAUGGACAAUUAAUUUGAAGAAAUUAAACUUGAUGAGAAUCUGAAUUUUAUGUUUUAGAAAUAAAAUUUGGAAUCAAUCUAAUAAAAAAAUUUAGGGAUAUUAACUGUAUUUGAUAAUACUUCUUAUAAAGUGAGAGAAGUACUUGUAUUUAAUUUGAUAAGAGCUUAAUAUAUUGUUUAAGAGGGAACAAUAUAAGAAAUAUGUUCUAGCCUUUUAAAACAAAUUUGGAUUAUUGAAAAAAAUCCUAGUGUAAGGAAAGUCUUAUAAAAUCAAGAGAUGAUUGAAAUGUAAAAAUAAUUAUUUUCAAAAGAUCUUUCUUUAUUUUCAAAUUAAUUAAAACAAGAUAUGUAAAAUAAAUUAAAAUAAAUUGAGGAAUUAGAGAAUUAAAUCUUUUAAAAUGAUAAUUCAGAGGAAUUAUAAAUUUAGUUUUAGCAAGCUUUUAAUGAAUUUGAAAUAUUUUUAGAUAAUUUAGAUGAUAUGUCUGAAAAAUUAGAUAUUUAAAUGAUUUUUUUAAAAGAUAUAAGCAAAAAUUUGUAAACGAUAAAAUGUAAACUUGAUCAAUUAAUAAAAAAUGUAUCAGAUAUUGGAAAUGAUGUUAGAAGAUUGAGAGGCAAGAAUAUUUAUGAAUUAUUAUAAUUAAGAAAAGAAAAAGUAUUAAAAUAAAAGGAAGAAAAUGAAUUAAAUUAAAUUUAUAUUGACUAGAGAACAUAGGAGUAUGAUCCAAAAACUGGAUAAAAAGUAACUCUGGAAAAUAAAUAUACUCCUUAAAUCACAUUUCUUUUUAAAGACGAUUAAAAUGAUUAUGAGGGUGAAAUGAAUGAAUUUUUAUGGGACGAAAAAGAAAGAUAUAAAGAUGUGUUAUUAUUAAAAGGAAAAGCUGGUUCUGGUAAAAGCAGAGCAGCAAGAAAUAUUGAAGAAUUUUUAUGGAAAUUUGAUACUUAAUAGCCAAAUUGGUAUCCAAUCUACAUUUCUUUACCUUCUUUAAAUGAUCCAUUACAUAAUUUAAUUGAUUAAGGAUUAGAAUCAGAAAAUUACAAUUUUGAUAAAUUAUAAAUAAGAGAAUUUAAAGAAGCAAUCUAAAAUGAAAAUUUAAAAAUUGUUUUGAUAUUGGAUAGUUAUGAUGAGAUGAAAAAUGAAUUUAUUUAAACAAAUUUAAUUACAACAAAUCGUUUGAGUUAAGAUCUAGGUCUUUAAGAAUCUGGAUAGAAGAUCAAAGCUAUUAUUACUUGUAGAGAAGAAAUAUUAACAUCUUUAACUUAUUAAUCUUGGUUUUAUGGAAAAAGUAUUGAUUCAUUUAAAGAGGUUUAAUUGGUUCCAUAUGAUGAAGAAUAAAGUAAUUGUUACAUUAAAUUAUUUAUUAAACUAAGUAUAAGAAGAGAAUUAUCAUAAUUUUAUGAAAUGAUUAAAUAAUUAAAAGGCAGUGGAUUUAUAUUUUCUGAAUUUAGAGACAUUUGUUUAUAACUAGACAGUUUGAUAGAGGAAAUUAUAAAAGCUUCAUAAAACUAGGAUAUUCUUGUGCAAGAUCAAGAUGCAAAAAAAAUAGUUAAAAAAUUAAAAUAAAUACCACAAUUUUAAUUUGUUAAAGACCAAUAGUUUUUAUUUUUAUAAAAAGGACUUCUUUCAUUAUGGAGUGAAUAAAAAUUCACCUAAAUAAUUGAAAAUUUAAAAAUUAACGAUUUUUUGAAAACACCAUUUAUGAUGGAGAUAAUUGUAUAAAUUUUACCAAAAAUCUCUUAAAACUAUUUAAAAUCUUCAACAAUAAGAGAAUUGUUGAAAAAUAAUUAUAAAAAUUGAAAUAUUCAAUACUUAAAUCACAGCAAGCGUUAUAAAAUUAUCGAUCAAAAAACGCAAUUAAAUUAGAAGACAUUUUUAAAGAAGUCAAUUUUAACGAAGAAAUUGAAAAACAAUUAUCUGAAAUUAUGAUUGAAUUAGAAGAUCAAGGUUUUUUUGAGAAAUACUAAAUAUCCUCUAAGGUAGAAGAAAAGGAUUCAUUCAUAAUAUAAUAAAAUGCGGAAUAUAAAUUAAAAUUUGAUGCUGAAGUAAUUUAUUAAUCUUUAAAAAUUAAUUAAUUUACUACCUAUGAUUUUUAUGAGAUGUUUGUUAAUUACUACCAUUAACAAUAGAUAUAAAAAUGGAUUGAAUUAGGAAAAAUAUCUAAUUAACAGAUGAUUUCAAUUGAUUUAUUAGAGUUUUCUUAAUCUUUAGCUUUAGAUAUGAUAAUACAUCAAUAAUUUUAAGUGAAUUAUCAGCCAAAAGGUAGAUUAAUGCUUUCUUCAAUAAGUUAAUAAAAGUAAAAAUAAUAAUUAUAAUGGGAAGAUUAAUAUUUUAGUGAAUUGGAUUCUGAUUCUGAUUACAAAAAGCUAAUAAGAAAAUGUAUUCUAUUGAGCUCUAAAGGAAGUUAACAUUCAUUUACUCAUAAAUCAAUAUAAGAAUUUUUUGUUGCAAAAUACAUAUUAUAUCAAUUAGAAAAUAUAUAUAAUAAUAAAUUGAGUGAUGAAUAAUAAAUUGAUGAAAAAUUACCUGAAAACAGUUGGAUGUACAAUAAUUUAUUUAAUAUAUCGCAUGAACAUUUUUAAGGGGCUUUAUUGUUACUUAAAGAAAAACUAUAAAAUAAAGAUGAUAUUACAAAAUUAUUGGUGUCAUUAGUUCAGCUAUCAAAGUAAAAAGACUCAAAGUUUAUUCGCAUAGCCUCAAAUUCUAUAUUUCUUUU